GAUGAGCUCGGGUCAAAGUUCUUUCUUGAUGUGCCUAGUGAGUCUUUGCUGCCAUCUUGUGGCAUUUAUUUGGAAUGACUCAAUAGUGAGGGAGAUGUUCCAUGGUUGUGCGUGUAUGUUUUUCUGCCUUGCCAUUGCCGAGCAUUGAAUUAUUAUCAGGAUAAAUGACCAGACCUGUAUUGUCUCAUAACAGAAUGAGAUAUAAAAUAAGCAAGCUCCGUGUAUUUUUUACAAGUUAAAUGAAACCAUCCUCGACGAUGUUUGACGACUGGACGGCAGUGCAAUUGAUUUAAAUUACAGGUCAAACAUUUUAUGAUGAAAAGAACAUUUGUUCUGCCUUUGUAUUCGCGCGUCAAAACAGACACGACGGACUAAUUCCGUCGUCUCCGGCCACCUGCAGUUGUAAUGACAAUCAGCCGUCGACAGAGGGCAGUGUAACACAACUCUUCAAUGCCACCUGAGAAAUGAGUCCAAAAAGACGAAGAGAAGUCAAGGCAAGGCUCAAGUGAAGAUUCUCCUUUCAUUUGAAAUCCACUCAGUGUUGAUGAGAACGGAACAAAUGCUAACGAUGCUAACAGGUAGCAAGACAGGAGGCUGAGUCGAGGAAGCGCUCCUGCUACUUUUUCAAGCCUCCCUGCACUCAGGUACAUUUCCUCCAUGCACACACAACACACAACACACAACACGCGCAAUGUGGAAUCGAAAAAGGAUCUUGGACAAGUCAAAGUUUCGCCUCGCAGCUGGGACGUCGAUGCGCGUUGCUGAGGAUGUGGCCGCAUCAAGCCCACUCUCCCGUUUUUGCCUUCAAACGGAAGACACUCGACUCAGACGUAGCAAAUGGGGCUGGACAACAUGAAGGCGCUUGGGAAAGGAGAAAGUUCCCACAAACAUGCUAGCAAAAACAGUGAGGCUGGCCCUUUUAUUCUUCCUAUUUUUCACCUGGUUCAUCACUCCAGCUGUUAGCCCUCUGUAGCCAAGGGAAGCUAACAGGCUACAAGCCCAAUGUUUCCCCCUAGCUGAAAAGGAGGAAAGGAGGACAACGCUCGGGCGUUAUGUGGCGGAAAAAGAAACGCCGCCCACACUCGCCACCAUCAUCACCGGGAAUGUGAGGUCCAUUCGCAAUAAGAUGAACGAGCUAACGGCGCUAGCACGGCGCCAACGGGAAUACAGGGAAUGUAGCAUGCCGCUGUUCACGGAGACCUGGCUAACGGAGCAAACACCGGACUCUGCCGUCGCUCUGGACCAUAUGUGUCAAACUCAAGGCCCGCGGGCCGGAUAUGGUCAUUUUAUAUUAUUGUUACUAAUGGCCCGAUGAUAACACAAUAAAGCACAGAUCCCAUAAUGCAGUGCUUUCGCUGCCUUGCCGAGCGUUUUUCCGCGGCAAUCAGGACAGGUGCUUGUUGCUGCAAGUUAUUGCCAAGCUAGCCCCUCAUGAUGCCGAGGAGAAAAGUUGAUUCUGAAAACAGAGCCUUUAAAACCGAUGGGAGGUUGAGUAUAUGUUUCCUGACAUUGCCGGUAAGCCCGUUUGUCUCGUUUGUGACGCUAAUGUGGCUGCAUUGAAAGAUUUUCAUCUAAGACGGCAGGCACUAUGAAACAAAACAUCUGGAUAACCUGAAAGACCUGAAUGCAGAGCAGAAGAUACAGAAGGUAGAAGAGUUAAAGAAGAAGCUGACAUUCCAGCCGACGUUUUUCACCUGUGCAAAAUCACAAAGUGGACUGGCCAGGCUCAAGGUGGAGAAGGCGACGGGUCCAGAUGGCAUCACCUCCAGGCUUUUCAGAUCCUGCUCCGGGCAACUGUGCAGGAUCGUGGAGCACAUAUUCAACAUGAGCCUGAGGCUGCACAGCUGUGGAAGACAUCCUGCGUGGUACCGGUGCCCAAGUCAUCUCGCCCCAGUGACUUCAACCACUACCGGCCGGUGGCCCUGACAUCCCACCUGGCGAAGACCCUGGAGAGGCUGCUCCUCCACCACCUGCGCCCCCUGGUGGAAGAGGAGAACAAAAAGCCAAAAACGACGGCGACGCCGAUGGACCAGACAUCGAUGAUGAAGCGGAACUUUGCACGUGCAGGUGAAGAACAAAAGAUGGCCGAUCUGCCAAUUGAUCUUUUGACUCCUGACCUCCCUCCAUUCUCACAUGUUGGACUGGAUUACUUUGGACCAAUAGAAUGAAAGAAAGACCGAGCAAAACAGGAAACCUCUGCAUCCGGUGACGAACGAGGCGCAGUGGUUGCUGCUCGAAGCAAGGUUGCCAAGACCCGGAGUAAAAGAACGAAGAGGGAUUUUUCAUUCUUUUUGAGAUUGAACCAAAUUCUACUAAGGUGAAUUUGUCAAAUUUUAAGCUUCAAGGAAGGCACAGGAGACAGCCGCUCCGGGCAGAAAGGGGAAGACGCCAAUUCCUCUUUUUUAAACAGAAUUCGGAUUUUGGAACAAAGGAGAGCCGAUCACUCGACUUGUUCAACCAAAUAGAAUUUUAGACCUUUAGUCUCCUCUUUUGUUCUGAGUGGUUCUCACGGUCUGUCAAGGUCUGCCAAGUCAAGAUAAACAGAUCAGUAACAAAAAGAAGUCCAAGCUGUCCUUUAUAUACGAGAGGGCGUCGCCCUGACCUUUGGACGCCACAGCGACGAGGACUUUGGUUCGGAAGGCAAUCGCUCACACGCUGAAACGAGACGACGCGAAGGAGAGCGUGCGUGCAGAGCUGUUCAAAAUCCCGUUAUUUAGUCAGCUGGACGGUCGGUCGGUCAGUUAGUGAGCGAGCGAGCCAGUCGCUCGGCGAGUCUGAACGACUUGUUGGCGAUUGCUCAGACGGUUCACUCGGUCCGCUUGUCGGUUAUUCAGCUUUCAGUCGCUGGCUUCCUCCAUAAAUGCUCAGUUGUUUACUUUGGGUGUAAGGUGUAAGUUAAGUCAAAGUCAAAGUCAGCUUUAUUGUCAAUCUCUCCACAUGUCACAACACACAAAGAGACCGAAAUGACGUUUUUCUCUAUCCCACGGUGACGAGACACAUAACACGAUAGACAUACAAGUACGCCACACAAUAUAAAAACAAGAAGGCAAAAAUUCAAUUACUUCUUGAAGGGACGAAACAACAAGGAAGCCAAGCCAGCAGCAAAGUCAUUGUCAAGCAGCCUCAAGGACCAGGAAAGAGUCGUAAGAAGAGCAGACUUUGGCCUCCAGCUUCUCGGAAAUAACGCCACCUUCUGGGCUUUGGACGUGGGACACUAUUGUGGCCGUCUCUUGUGCGAGAAAAUCAAGGGGAUCCCUUUGCGUUCAGGUUCAUGCGGGAAAGAUGGCUCUGGAUAGGAAAAUCAAGGGCCUGCUGUUGGAAACGCUGGAAGGCCUGGGGCAGGACGACUUCAAGAAGUUCAAGUUUUUUACGGACCUGCCCGAGAGCAUCACAGAAGACGCAGACCGGACUGACAUCGCCAAACAGCUGAUGAACAGGCACGGCAAGAACGCGGGGGAGAAGACCAUCGAGAUUCUGGAGAAGAUCAACAACUACAACCUGGCCCAGAAGCUGCGCAACGACCUGCCGCAAAUCACAGGUAGCACCUCCUCAGUGGAUAACGAGCAGAUCGGCAAAUUCAAGCGGGCGCUGCAAGAGAACCUGCGGAAUAUCUACCUCAACGUUCCCGAGGGCAACACGAUGUACAGCCAGCAGGAGCCUUUGGAGAACGUCUACACCGAGCUCAACAUUACCCGCGGCGUCGCCGGUCUCCCCGACAAGCAGCACGAGGUCCUUCAGAUGGAGAUGUGCGGCGUGGCCGAGGAGGAGUCCAUCCAGCCGUGCGACAUCUUCCAAAGCCAGAAGCCCCUUCGCACGAUGCUCACCGUGGGCUUCGCUGGCAUCGGGAAGACUUUCCUGGUGCGCAAGUUUGUCCUGGACUGGGCCAGCGGGGAAACCAACACAGACGUGGACUUCAUCUUUCCCUUGGCCUUCCGCGAGUUGAACUUGGAGGAGGACAAUAGCUUUUCGCUGGCGGAGCUCAUCCGACUCUUUGUCUGGGAGAGCAAGGCUAUCAAGAUGCUGGACCAGAUCUUGGUCAGUCUGCAAGAGUCGCCCAACCGCCACUACCAGUCCAGCAAGAUCAAGAUUUUGUUUGUGCUGGACGGCCUGGACGAGUCCCGCCUCAAACUGGACCUGAGCGACGAGCGCAAGAAGCGCCUGGAUGUGACCGGAUCCUACCCCGUGGAGGUGCUCCUGGCGCAUCUCAUCAAGGGGAACCUGCUUCCCUGCGCCCGGGUUUGGAUCACCACGCGGCCCCAGGCGGCCCACGACAUCCCGCCGCGCCUGGUGGACGGCAGAACCGAGGUGAAAGGCUUCAGCGACUCCCAGAGGCUGGACUACUUCAGGAAGAAGUUCCCCGCCGAGGAGGACGUCAUCCAGCACAUCCAGAAGUCCCGCACCAUUCUCAUCAUGUGCCACUUGCCCAUCUUCUGCUGGCUCAUCGCCACCGUUCUCCAAGACUGUCGGAAACACGGAAAGGAGCUGCCCGAAACCCUGACCGAGAUGUACACAGAGUUCCUGCUCUAUCACCUGUACAAGUCCAAGGAGCGAGACAGCCGGAAGAGCACGGACUACGUCAAAGCGCUGGCCAAGCUGGCUUUUCAGCAGCUGAUGAAAAGGCAACAGAUCUUCUACGAGAGCGACUUGCGGGAAAGCGGCUUGGAUGACCCGCAGGGCGCAAAACACUCGGGAGUCUUCACCGUGGUCUUCAAGGAGGUACCCCCGCUCCAGAAAUACCAACAAGGCAAGAUGUUUCAGUUCAUCCACCUGACCGUCCAGGAAUAUAUGGCCGCUCUCUUCGUGAUGAUGAGCCUGUUCCAGGACAACAAUAACGUGCUGGACGAUUCCGGGUGGACUCGGAAAGGCCUUCUGUUGAUUUGGAAGCGGAACCCGCUCACUUGGGUACACGAGGCGGCCAUCCACAAAGCCUCCGAGAGUGAGGGAAACCUGGACUUGUUCCUCCGCUUCCUGAUGGGCCUCUCCUUGCAGUGCAACCAGGAUCUCCUGGGUGAGCUGCUGAAGGUUCCCGAGAACUACAGACACAGCAACGCAGAAACGGUCCGCUUGAUCAAGGAACGGAUUGAGCGGAAUUCUCCCGAGGAGAACAUCAACUUGUUCUACUGCCUGAAGGAGCUGAAGGACGAGUCCCUGCUGGAGCAGAUGCAACAAUACCUCAAAGGGGGGAAAUUGUCCACGGAGGACCUACCUCCGGCCAUGUGGUCGGCCCUGGUCUUCUUCUUGCGGGCUUCCGACGAAGCCAUGAGCUGCUUCGAACUCGGGAAAUACGCUCGGUCCGAGAAGGGGGUCCUGAUGCUGCUGCCGGUGGUCAAGGCUUCUCAAAAAUCAGUGCUCUGGUACUGCAACCUGAGCAAGAAAAGCUGUGAGGCGCUGGCCUCCGUUCUAAGCUCGCCCUGCAGCCUGAGGGAGCUGGAUCUCGGCUUCAACGACUUGUGUGACGACGGGCUGGAGGCGCUCGCAGCCGGACUGGCAAAGCCGCAGUGCACCUUGCAAGUUCUCAGGCUCCGGAGGUGCAAGCUGAGCAAGAAAAGCUGUGAGGCGCUGGCCUCCGUUCUAAUCUCGUCCCGCACCCUGAUGCAUCUGGAUCUCAGCUUCAACGACUUGUACAACGACGGGCUGGAGGCGCUCGCAGCCGGACUGGCAAAGCCGCAGUGCACCUUGCAAGUUCUCAGGCUCUGGGGCUGCAAGCUGCGCAAGAAAAGCUGCGAGGCGCUGGCCUCCGUUCUGAGCUCAUCCCGCACCCUGAGGCAUCUGGAUCUUAAUGGGAAUGACUUGAGUGACGACGGGCUGGAGGCGCUCGCCGCCGGACUGGCAAAGCCGCAGUGCACCUUGCAAGUUCUCUGGCUCUAUCGCUGCCAGCUGAGCAAGAAAAGCUGCGAGGCGCUGGCCUCCGUUCUGAGCUCAUCCCGCACCCUGAGGCAUCUGGAUCUUAAUGGGAACGACUUGAGUGACGACGGGCUGGAGGCGCUCGCCGCCGGACUGGCAAAGCCGCAGUGCACCUUGCAAGUUCUCUGGCUCGAGAGGUGCAACAUCGGCACACGAGGAUGCGUCUCACUGGCCAAGGCUCUCCAAUCCAACCCUUCCCACCUCCAACAGCUGAACCUGGGGGACAAUGACAUCGGAGAGGAAGGAAAGCGGGCCUUGGAGGAGGUCCAAACGGAUUCUCGCUGCAGUCUGAAGAUCGAGUGGCUGGAUGAUUGAUGUGACGCCAUUGACGCCGGCCUUGGAUCCUUGGGGAGAGUUCUGAGCACGAAUGGAUGGAUGGAUGUGGAUGCAUGCAGAAGCUCGCGAAGGAUGCCUUUCCCCUGGAGCGUUAGGCAUAAAUAUUUCCACAUUUCACAAAUAAGACGUGAACUCCAACACAGACGUGUGCUCCUGACACUCUCCUGCCAUCCGCACUCGUGGCGGGCGGGCCUUGACCCUUGACCCUCCACUUCCUCGCAUAAUUUGACCUGCUGGCCGACCAAUGGUGAAUGUUGAUGCCAAUAAUAAUUGCAAUCAUCAUGCCUUCAAUUGACUUGUUUUUAAAUGCACUUUGAUGACUAAACUAAAAGUUGUAGAAUGAA